CUCAGCCAGACAGCUUUAUCGCCUUCCGAUAAGCCUCAUGAUAUCAACGAUCCCCUCGACUACCCCGCAUCCGUCAUCGAAAAUAAACUUCGAGCUCAGGGCAACUCCAGCUCAGGACAAACUAUAAUAUUCACCCUCGUCGUUCUAUACCGCUAACAAUCCAGCAUUUAUGUUUCAACCAUGACUUCGAAACAAGAACCAGCGCCGCCAACGGAAACAACGGAUACCCAGCCACCACCACAAGCCGCCCUGACCGUCCCAGCCGUCGGCUCAAAAGCUCCCUCUUCAGCACAACUCCCUAUCCCAAACCCAAACGCCAAACCUACUAUCGUAACCUUCCUACGCCACUGUGGCUGUCCCUUCGCCGAGAAAUCCUUCCGCCACUUCCGCUACCUCGCCAACCGCCACCCAGAAGCGAACUUCGUCGCCGUAUCUCACUGUACCCAGGAAGCGACAGACGAGUGGGUUGUCCACGUCGGCGGUGCCUGGGACGUACAGGUCAUUGUCGACACAGAGCGCGAGCUAUACGCGCUAUGGGGAGUGGGCAGGUCGAGUACCUGGCACUUGCUAAACCCUUGGACAGUGUAUAAGGGUGUGCGGAUGGUGGCGCAGGAGGGACAGCUAGUAGGGGGGAGUAGUGGGGAUAGGUGGCAAAUGGCGGGGAGUUUUGCGGUGGAUGGGGAGGGAACGGUGAGGUGGGUUAGGUUGGCGAAGACGGCGGAUGAUUUGCCGGAGUUUAAGGAGGGGUUGGUGGCUGUUAAUGUCAAGGUUAAGAAGGGGGAGGCUCAUGACUGAAAUGGAAGGGAAGACACGAUUUAUUGUAUAACUAUGUCGGUACUUCAAGUGUGCACAUAUGAUAGUAAUCACUCACUUCACC